GUUACACACUAUGCUUACAACCAGGAUUAUGUUAUAUAGAGAGGACUACCUUCAUAAUCCCAUUACUGCAAACACGCCAACAUUCUCAAACAUGAGAAUGGUUACCGCAGCUUCCAUCAUGUGCAUUUGCCUCAUCGUCCACGUUGUUCUCUUAGCAACCACGGCGGUCGCCAGGACCACCACGACCUUCCCCACGUCCGACGUCACCAACGCCACGGCGGCGGCCAACAGCAACACCGCAAACGGCGUCGAGUCCCCUGCAGCGACGGCAGCGCUCAACAGCUCGGAUCAGUACAUCUGCUACCUCUGCCGCCAGCGUAACACCCUGAUGAUCAAGUGGUGUCCCCUCUACAAGGACGACUGCCACCUCGCAUGCCUGUCCUCCACGUCCCCUAUCCGCCACCCCCAGCUGUACCCCGCCGCCGACGUCGAAGGUAGGAAGAGCACGCUGGGAACCGGCCCUGGCGGCUCGAACGUCGACGACUGCUACGUCAUGAAGCUGUACCCGGAUGGCAGGUGGGUCAUAACCGUGGCGGUCAGCUGCAAGGCGGUGGCGGGCUGCUACCUCGUGUGCAGCCAUGGAGACGCGGCGCUUGGGAGCAGAGCCGACGACACCACCCCGGCCUUGGCCAGGGGGUCGCCGUUGCCCGGCGCCUCCGAAUUCCAGCGGUGCGGCGAUCAGUUCCCGGCGCGCGCGGCAGGCAACGGCGUCUAAGGCUCUAAACCACGGCCAUAUGAUUCGGUUUAGAUGGUUUCUAUCGGCUUAAGCGAGAUUUAAGCAUCCAGUUUCUCGCGGGGCAGACAAGAAAAAUUCUUCCAUCGCAGUUCUAAUUAAUCAUGAGUCCGUGGUUUGUUUU